GGUGCGCCUCGCUCGCCGCUGCUUCCCACGCGCAAGGCACGGCGAGGCUGCGGCUGCUGCUGCUGGCCCCUCGCCGCGGCCGUGAGUCGACGCUGGUGCCCACCGAGAAUGACGCCUCCGUUCGCGCAGACGCCUCCGUCCCACGCCACCAUGGGCUGCUCACUUGUCUCCCGACGCACAGCUGCAGCCGGCGCUCACAAGAGUGCCACAUGUCCGGCGGGACGAUUCUGCAGCAAGCUUGGCAUGAGGUGUGCGCUCGUUGUGCUCUGCCCGCGCACGGCCCGGCCGGCGGGCAUGUGUCGAGCGCGUGGACAGAGGUCAAGUCUGCAGAAGAGCUCGGCCGCGACGAGGUCUCGAGGUGCCAAGUGGGAGCAGGGGAGACACGAGCGUCGUGGAGACUCAAGCCACCGUGCACCGCAUGCCGCACGAGCUGUCUCCUCGAGGCGCAUUACAGCGUCGACUCAGUGGCUCUUGCGGCUUCGGCAGAAGCGACGGGGCCUUGAUUCGCUUUGCGCAAGCUCGCCACGGCGCCUUACAGAAGCAGUGGAGGUAGCUCGCCGCUGCCUCGGCUCAUGGAGUCAGGACGCUUCAGCUCUCCAGCACCUGCAAGCUGCUGCGGGGAGCGUGACUCUACGGAGCAGCGCUCGCUUUGCCGGAGCAGCGGCCCGAGCGCGCUCGCGCCCCAGGGCCUCGAGCUUGCCAGGCCCCACGCACCGUGCGAGGCAAGAGCCCGCUUGCUCUCCAUGCGUACAACAGAGACAAGCGCGGUGCGGGCGUCGCCGACCCGAGAGUCCGCUUGAUGAGGCCGCUCGCCGCUCGAGCCUCCUGAAGCAACCCGUACCGGGCACCACGACACCCUGGGUGCAGCCGACGGCGGCUCCGCUCGCGCUCGUGCUCUUGCGGCGGCUCAUGAGCCCGAGCCUCUUGUGUGACGUCGUUGCGCUGCUCUGGUGUGUCCUGCUUCAUCUCGGCCUCUUACCUAGCUUCCACGCAAGAGCUCGUUCGUCAUUUCGCGCACGAGCGCUCCGUGAGGCCCCACGAGCUUUCCAAGGCCCGCAGGCCGUUGCUCCGUGAGGGCGAUGCUGCGGCCUGGCCCCACUUCGGCUGAUAGCGCAAGGCACAUCGGGCCGCCACGGCCGGAGAGUGGAUCCGCAAGCAGCGCCGGCCUGCAGCGUCCUCCUUCAGCCGCCGCCCCUCCUCAUCAACUAUGGAGCUAAACGGCCGGUCGAGCCCCUGGGCGUGCGUCGUCAACGACCAGACGCGCGCGCACGCCCUGCAGCUAAGCGAGAUGUGCCUCAAGACCGCUUCAAAGCCGCACCUUGACCAA